UGAAUCCUUCCCAGAAGAAUCUCUACAAAGAUGUGAUGUUGGAGACUUACUGGAACCUUGCUGUUAUAGGUCGCAAUUGGGCAGAUCAUAAUAUUCAAGAAUACUGCCAAAUUUCUCGAAGACAUGGAAGGUACAAAAGAAGUCACUUUGGAGAGAAUCCCUCUGAAUAUACUCAAUGUGUUAACCUCUUUGCAUAUCCCCAGUAUCGUCAAAGACGUAAAGGAAUUCGUAUUAGAAAGAAAACCUGUGAAUGUAAUCAAUGUGGUAACUUUUAUGUGCCGCAGUAGUCUUCAAAUACAUAAAAGAAUACAUACUGGAGAGAAACCUUAUGAGUGUAAUCAAUGUGGGAAAGCCUUCUCAUGUGUUAGUCUUCUUGGAAAACAUAAGAGAACACAUACUGGUGAGAAACCUUAUGAAUGUAAUCAUUGUGGUAAAGCCUUUUCACAGCGCAGCAAUCUCCAAAUCCAUAUCAGAACACAUACUGGAGAGAAACCCUAUGAAUGCAAUAAAUGUGGUAAAGCCUUUGCACGUUAUAGUCAUCUUCAAAUACAUGAACGAACUCAUACUGGUGAGAAACCUCACAAAUGUAAUCAAUGUGGUAGAGUCUUUUCAGAGCAAAGUAAUCUCCGAAUGCAUGAAAUAAUACAUACUGGAGUGAGAGCCUAUGAAUGUAAUAUAUGUAGUAAAACUUAUGCACACCAGAGUUAUAUUCGGAUACAUAAAAGAACACACACUAGAGAGAAGCCCUAUAAAUGUGAUCAGUGUGAUAAAACAUAUGCACGUCACAAUCAUCUUCAAGCACAUAAAAGAACUCAUACUGGAGAGAGACCAUAUGAAUGCAGUCAAUGUGGUAAAGCCUUUUCACAACAAAGUCAUCUCCAAAUACAUAUCAGAACACAUACAGGAGAGAAACCCUACGAAUGUACUGAAUGUGGUAGAGCUUUUUCAAGUAAUGGACAGCUUAAACUACAUAAAAGAACACAUACUCGAGAGAAACCUUAUGCGUGUGAUGAAUGCGGGAAAGACUUUGCCUAUCUCGGUAGUCUCCAAAUACAUAAAAAAAUACAUACUGGAGAGAAACCUUACAAAUGUAAUCAGUGUGUUGAAGCCUUUGCACAGCACAGUCAUCUUCGAAUACAUAGAAGAAAACACUGGAGUGAAUCCCUGCAAAUAUAAUCAAUGUGAUACGGUAUUUAUCAGUAGUUUUCAAAACUAUGAGAAAAAAAUCAUACUGCAGGAAAACCCUGUAGUUGCAGUGAUUAUGGUAAAGUUUUGCACUUACUUGUCUUUAUACCAGACAAAAUCUUUUAUUGUGUCAUUGAUAUGUUAAUGCCUUUGCCUGUCAGAGUAGCAUUUGAGGGCCUCAAAAAACUCACACUGAAGGCAACCUGAGCUUCAAGGAUGUGGUAAGAUCUUUAGUCUACAUACUUACAUCCAGUUGCACAAGAUUAUUUAUUCUGAAGAAAAAAAAAAUCUGACAAGUGUCCACAAUCUGUCUGUUCAAGCUUUACAAUGUCCCUCUUAUUAUUUGUACCUCCAACCUCAUAUGGACAAA